GGAUCUUCGCAGAUGGGGAUGGUGCGAGCACCUCUCCUGCGGGACAGGGAUACGACCGGGCGUUAAGAGGAGGACACUGCGACAAGUGUGACUGAAGCAGUCGCUGUCAAUUAAGCGGACUCACCGACCCACAUCUAUAGAGCGAUGGCGGAUGUGGAAUUGGUGAAGAAGAUGCUACGGGCGGUGCUCCAGCCCAGUAAGAGUGGCGUGUCGCUGUCCCGCCUGCAGGUAGAGUAUAAAGACCUGACGGGUGAGCUCAUACCCUACAAACAGUUGGGUUAUGCCACGCUGGAUGCCCUCCUGCACAGCAUGCCCUCAGUCGUGAGACUGGAUAAAGGACAGGCUGGAGAGGUGGUAUGCCAUGCUACUGCAGGAAAUGAGAUGGCCCACAUUACUAAGCUUGCGGCCCGUCAGCGCACAGCAAAGAAAACUGGCCAGCCUCAAGUGGUGAACUGUCAAAUGAGAGUCAAACCUGCUGCUCCUCUGGUGCUGAAUGCCAAGCCAAGGACAUCUUUGAGACAGCCUGAUCAUCGGGGACGUCUGGGGCGAGGUGGAUGUCGUGGAGGGUUUCAUGGAGACACUCGCACAGGAAGCAUGAGGGACUCCCAGCCUGAUUGGAGAGGUGGCAAGCCCCACAGUACACCCCCAAACACACCCACAAGAAAACCUUCCAUUCCCUCCGAAAGAUCAGACAAAAGGAUGACCCUUCCCUCCAGAUUCCAGAAAGAAGUCCAUGCCCACCUUUCCAGAAACCCACAGCACAGCAAUGCCCCCUAUAACCUGAAUGAAAACACAACUCCAGCAAAACCUAGACUGCUUCAUUCUGCGCCGUACAGUCCCAAGCUGGUGCAGUCCCGUCUUAAAGACAUUCUGAACAAGCACAGCAAUGGCCUUUGGGUCUCCAAGCUGCCUCAGCUGUACCGGGAGCACUACAAACAAGAGCUAGACAGUGAAGCCCUCAAAGACCUGGAACACUGGACUCACAUCUGCACUGUUGAGAAACCAUGCAGCAGCAAACCUCAAGAAUUGCUACUCUACCCUGCUAAAGAAAUUCACCAGAGUACUACCCCACCCAGAGCUGCUACACCGCCCACACAUGACAAAUAUCAGUCCCAUCCGAAAAAACCUCAGAUUCAAAGAUCAUCUGCCACCUCCAGGCCUAGCACUCCGGCGUCCUCCAAGGCUCUAUCCCCAGACCUCAAGCAGAAGCUUAGAGAGCUGCUCUUGAAAUACAGCAGUGGUCUUUGGGCACACGCCCUGCCCAAACUCUACCAGGACACUUAUAAAUGCAAGCUACCAGAGUUUGUGCUGGACUACCUCACCCUGCUGUCAGAUAUAUGUACGAUUGACUACCCCAUGCCAGACAACCCCAAAAGAGCGAUCCUGUAUGCGAAAAUGAUGGAGGAUGAGAAUUGUAACCAGUCUGGAUUGGAUAUGCAGACAACAGAGACAACCGAGCAGUGUUCGAGCAACCACACUGUGCCCCCUCUUGUCAUCCCUAGAGAGGAGUACCCUUCUGUUUUGGUGGUGGAAGCAAAUGACACUAACAGUGUCAUUCUGAGAUACAUAGGUGAAGGUUACUCCAAAGCACAAGAGAAGUUGGAGGAUGAAAUGAGAGUGUUCUAUAGACAGGACAACACCAAGCUGGCUCUGACCUCACCCUCACCAGGUCAGCUUACUGCUGUACAUGCUGAGGAAGAGGAGGAGAUCCUGCGGGCAAAAGUGUGUGAGGUCAUGCCUGACAAAGUCAAGAACUUGGAUAUGAUGUUGAAACAGGUUUACUAUGUGGAUCAUGGCUUUUCUGAAGUCAUCAGCAAAAGCAAACUGCUAGAGCUGCAUGAGAAGUUUUUCAAAUUGCCUUUCCAAGCCACCAAAUGUAAACUAGCUGGCCUGGAGUCUUUCAGUCAUGAGCAGGCAGUGCUGAAGAUGUUUGAGUCCAUGGCCAGUGGCAAAAUCCUAUUGGCUGAGAUCUUAGAGCGUGAGGAAGUGCCUCUGGUGGUGCUGUAUGACACAUCACAAGAUGAUGAUAUCAACAUCAAUGCAGCCUGUAUGAAAGCUUUGCAAGACAAAUCCUUAGAGAGUACCCUAAAGGUGAACAGUGCCUAUAUGAAUGUGAGUGUGACCAGUGUUUGUUCAGAUGGGACGAUCUACUGUCAGGUGCCCUCCAGAGGUCUGUCUAAACUCAACGAAAUUCUGGAGAAGACUGAAAACUAUUUCCAUUCCCAGGUCACAUCAGAGUCGCUGGUUUCCCGGCCGUUCUGUGGCAAAAGCUGUUUGGCUCGUUAUAAAGGCAAAUGGUCCCGGGUGGAGAUAACAAACCUGCACGGCAGCCGUGUGUUGGACAUCUUGUUUGUGGAUGUGGGUGUCCAGGCAUCGGUCGAGGUCAUCGAGUUGAGAGAGAUCCCACCGCCUUUGCUGCGUGACCUCAUAUCCACCCCGCCCCAGGCACUGAAGUGUUGUUUGGCAGAUCUGCCUGUGAGUGUCGGCUCAUGGACUCCUGAUGCAGUACAGUGGCUGAGAGACACAGUUUUCCACUGCAGUGACUGCAGCUUGAAGAUUGCCAAGGUGGAUGAGACCAAACGGCUUGCUCAUGUUUACCUCUUCACCAGCAAGAACUUCCAUGACACAAGCUGCAGCUUGAACCAACAGCUGGCCAACUCUGAUCUGUGGAACCACCAGAAGGAUGUUUUCUUAGGCAGCAGAGGAUCUUCAAAAUCCUUGAUGAUCCCUGCCGCCAUCCCCACUUCCGGCCUCAACACUGAUGGAGGAUACAGAGCUCCACACACACCCAAGAGGAAGUCAUCUUCAACUGGAAGCCAGAGCACAUGUCCAGGCUCUCCACCUGAACACCUGGUUCUUCCACCACUGCUGGAGUUGCCUGAAGUUGGACAGAAUAUGGAUGUAUUUGUUUCAGUGGCAUGCCAUCCUGGGCACUUUGUGCUACAGCCGUGGCAGGAUAUGUACAAAUUGGUGGUUUUGAUGGGGGAGAUGAUUCUUUAUUAUAAUAAGAUAGAGGAAAAAACAUUUAAAGUGGAGAAGAACCAGGUCUGUGCUGCCAAGGUGGAAAACAAUUGGUACCGUGUUCUGGUGAAGGGAAUCCUGUCUAAUGGUAUGGUGUCAGUGUUUCAGCUGGACUAUGGUAAACAUGAGCUGGUAAGCUGCACCCAGCUCAGGCCCCUCAUCCAGGAGUUCUGCCAACUCCCCUUCCAGGCCAUCACUGCUCAACUGGCUGGUUUGAAGCCCAGGCAGUGGUCUGAGGAGGCCUCCAUUGUGUUCAGGAAUCAUGUUGAGAAGAAGCCUCUGGUGGCCCAGCUAGAAUCAGUGCAGGAGGCAUCACAGCCCUGGGGCCGCAAGGUUUUUAUCUACCUGGUGGACACUUCACAAGAGGAAAGAGACAUUUGGCUGCAUGACAUCAUGGCUGAAUUCACAGAUGAGCUCACUAAUGCGGCAUAGAAACCUCUUAUAGCUGUUAGAGUGAUUUUGAAAUGUUCUUAUGGCGGCGAUCAUUAGUUCUAUCCUGGGAUGCUAUAGAUUACUUUGCCAAACAUGACUUGGAUGCAGAUCUGUGUAAGAAAAUGUGAAUUGUAGAGUUUAAACUUUUAAGCCAAUAGUAUUGCAAUUUUUGGAACUUUUUUGCUGCCUGACUGAAGAAAAAAAAAAAAACUUUGGUGGGCAAAAGCUGUGAAGAUUAAUUGUCAAUGAAGGCAAGCUUUCAUCUUAUAUGGGACCUACAGCAAAGUUAAUCAUGAGAAAUGCAGCUAUACCAAACCCUGAAGCUAUAUAACAUAUUCCAAAUUAUAUGUAAUUAUUAUAAAUGUUUCAAUAGAUUAUAUACACUUGACUGUCCGGACUUUAUCUUGAAAGUGUACAAUGUGAUGGCAUGCUUCAUGCUUCAAGUAUAGCAUGUUAAAAAAAGUUGUCAGUUUACCAAUACACUACAUGGUCCAAAAGAGACUAACAACAACGCACAAUCUGCUCUAACUUGCACCAAGCUGAUAGUUCGUCAUUUCAAAAAUGGUUUACAUAAACACAUUUUUUGGAGUAUAAGGAUCUGAAAAGUUGUGUACAAGGCAAGAGGAACAUACCCGUCAUUUCCUCUGUGAAUAUGGCAAAGACUUUGCUCCAAACCUAUGUAUUUGGGCUUAAUUUAUUUAACUACUAAUAGAAUACUGGAGGCAUGUUUGGGGUUUGAUAAAAUGUGAUCAUCAAAUGUGUUUAUUUUCAUAGGAAAGGCAUAGCAAAUGAUUGAGUUUUAUUACCAAAAUAUGACAUUAUGGAUUCAAUUAAGACUUGAAAACAUUGUUGAUGUAGGAUUUAACCUGUGUUUAACUACAGAUGUGAAAUAUUUUAGAAAUAAAAAGGAGAAAAAUCACUUGUAGUAGCCUUAUAUUUAAAUGUAAGAAAUAUAUGUCCUUCACCUUUAAAGUUAAAGCUGAAGUGUGUAAUUUCUGCAAACAUAAAUAUUGCCUCUAGCGUAUGCUAUUAUCCAGCAAUGAUAUUGUUGUGGUUGCAAACUCAAACAAGAAUUUUUAUAAAACCACAGAAAAACAGCAUUUACAGUUUGAGAAAAUUAACCUACGAAUGGCUUACUUAUAGUUUUCUCUGCAUAUGAAGCUGGGAUAGGUGAAAGUAUUCUAAAGGGAUAGUUCACCCAAAAAUGCUAAUUCUCUCAUUAUUUACUCACCAUCAUGCCAUGCCAUAUGUGUGACUUUCUUUCUUCUGCAGAAAACAAUGAACAUUUUUAUAUGAAUAUCUCAGCUCUGUUGGUCCAUUCUAUUCAAGGGAAUGGUGGUGAGAACCAGUGAUUACAUUCAUGUGAUCAGAAGCUAUAUGAUAGGUGUGGGCGAGAAACAGAUCAAUAUUUAAGUCCUUUUUUACUAUAAAUCUCCACUUUCACUUCCACAUUGUUCUUCGUUUUUGGCGAUUCACAUUCUUUGUGCAUAUUGCCGCCUACUGGGCAGGGAGAAUUUAUAGUAAAAAAGGACUUAAAUACUUAUAUGUUUCUCACCCACACCUAUCAUUUUUCUUCUGAAGAUAUGGAUUAAACCACUGGAGUCGUAUGGACUACUUUUAUGCUGCCUUUAUGUGCUUUCUGGACCUUUUUGGUCACCAUUCACUUGCAUUGUGUGGACCCACAGAGCUGAGAUAUUCUUCUAAAAAUCUUUGUUUGUGUUCGGUAGAAGAAAGAGAGUCAUACAUCUGGUAUGGCAUGAGGGUGAGUAAAUGAUAACUUAAUUUUCACUUUUGGGUGAACUAUCCCUUUAACACUGAAAAAUUACACACUUCAGCUUGUAAACAACAUACUGGUUCCCAAUAAAAAAAAGUUUGUCUUUAUAAUAUUUUAUCAAAAUGUAUCAUAAUUUGCUCCACCUCUAAAAUUACUUCCCUUUUCAGUAGACAUCACUUAUCAUCAAUUCCUCAUAGAUAAAAUCAAGUCCCACCCUACUUUUCUCUUGUUGAAUAUCAAGUUACAGAAAUAAAAUGGAUUGUGAAUGCCA